AUGGCUAGCCCUGUACGUCUUCGUGUGUACAAUGUGUUCAAGGGAUGGCUCGAGACACAUUGGCGGGAUGAGACGGAUCGCGAUGCACUCGUGCUAAUCGAACCUUUCGCUGAGUUCAACCUCACUGCCGUUCUGCCUUCGGCUGGCAAACGCCUGUUGGAGCUCGCGCAGCGUGUGUCGUCUUCUGACGGUACACUUGUACCGCGUAUGGUGUCUUCAAUGGGCAAGACAAACACAUCAAUCUCCCAAUACAUCCCUAUCGACACACCUUUACCUGCUCCAAAUCUGUCCAAGAGUCAGGCCCAUGCUCUGACCAACUGGAAAUCUGGAGGUAGCUGCCCGACUGUAUUGGAUUUUGACCCCCUUGAGAUUGCCCGGCAGUUGACUAUAAAGCAAAUGCACAUUUUCUGUGCCAUCAUGCCCGAGGAGCUUCUAGGCUCUCAGUGGAUGAAGAAGGGUGGCGUUGGCUCUCCCAAUGUCAAGGCAAUGACAGCGCUUUCUACAGACCUUUCAAAUCUCGUUGCAGAUACAAUCUUGUAUUAUAACGAGGUGAAGAAACGCGCUGCUGUCAUCAAACAAUGGAUCAAGGUUGCCCAUCAAUGUCUCGAACUGCACAACUACGACGCCCUCAUGGCCAUCAUUUGCAGUCUCAACAGCUCGACUAUCACUCGUCUUCGCAAGACUUGGGAUGUCAUCUCUCCUAAACGACGAGAGUUGUUGAAAACUCUCCAGGCUAUUGUCGAGCCAUCCCAGAACAACAAGGUCUUGCGAGCCCGCCUGCACGAUCAUGUGCCUCCCUGCUUGCCAUUCCAGGGCAUGUUCCUGACUGACCUGACAUUUGUCGAUAUCGGCAACCCCGCAACGAAGCAAUUACCCGGCGCUGAUGGGACCUCCGAUCUCACUGUAGUCAACUUCGACAAACAUACACGGACUGCGAAGAUCAUUGGCGAGCUGCAGCGCUUCCAAAUUCCAUAUAGACUCACUGAGCUUCCCGAUUUGCAGGAAUGGAUCCAAGGACAAAUCACUCGUGUACGCGAGCUUGACAACGGAAACAACGUCCAAGUCUCCUACUAUCGUAAGAGCUUGCUUCUAGAGCCACGGGAGACACAGGCACUCAGAACUCCGAUCGAAGGCCCAGCUGGUCCAAACGGUCAGAAAGCUGACCUAUUCGGGUGGAUGAGAGGCGGCGGAGAUAAAAGUGCCGCUGUCAUCUGA